UCGCCCCCUCCUCCCGCUUUCUGGAUCGCCAUUUUCCUCCGCGGUUCCUGCUUCUUCCUUGCAGGAUCGGCGCUGGAUUCGUCGGGAGAGGCUCCUGGGUGCCGCUCGUGGCAGCAGGAAAACAACUAUGACCGAAGAUUUACCUUCAAGACAACUAACAAGUGAUAGUAAAAAUUCAGCCCCAGGCAGCAGCCAAGGGAAAGCAUGAAGCGUGGGAAACUCUCGGAUCCCCCGUCAGACACAAGCAGCACUCCAAGAACGCCCAAAAGAACCCAUGAAUGCCCAGAGUGUGGGAAAUCCUUUGCUUGCAGGUCCCUCCUUUUGACCCACAGGAAGAUCCAUGUGGGAAGUGGAUCCAGUGAAGGUUUGGAGGGUGAGAAAUCUUUCUCUGGGAAAAACUCCAAAGAUCUCAGAAGCUCCCCAACACUAAAACCCUAUAAAUGUGAGGAAUGUGACUUAUGCUUUAGUAAAAAGUCACACCUUCGUACACAUCAGAAAAUCCACACUGGAGAGAAACCUUAUGAAUGUCUGGAAUGUGGGAAAUUUUUCCGUCAAAAAGCCACUCUCAGAAACCACGAGAGGAUUCACACCGGGGAGAAACCUUACAAGUGUUGGGAAUGUGGGAAGAGCUUUUCUCAGAACUCAGGUCUUUGGAUCCAUGGAAAGACUCAUGUGGGAAUAAAAUCUUACAAAUGCUUUGAGUGUGGAAAAUGUUUCACCCAGGGUUCAGCUCUUCGGAGUCAUGAGAAGAUUCAUGCAGGAAUAAAACCUUACAAAUGCUUUGAGUGUGGAAAAUGUUUCACCUAUAGUUCAUCUCUUCGGAGUCAUCAGAAAACACACAGAGGGGAGAAAAACGAAAA